GUUUUCCUGUCCAAAAGAGACAAAGACUAAGAUUUAUUUUCCCAUAAUUCACAGAUUCCUUAAUUGUUUUUCUAAUUGAUCGGAGAAAUUAAAAUUAGGUUAAUUGAUGGCCGGAGAUUAUAGCCGAUGGUCGCCGGAGCCGCGGGAUUUCAAAGCUAUGUUGAAGAAAUUAUCACAUGAACAAAUUCUUCAAGUUUUGUCUGAAGGGCUAUGUUCUUACUGUGAAGAAGUUAUAGAGUCUCGUGUAAACAAUCUCAACCUUAUUCAAAGAAGGGUAGAUGAAAUGGCAUUAUCAAAUGUUAAUGUUGCAGAUAGUUCUGCAGAAUUCUUGCGGGGGAAUUCAUCUGAUGAUGUAAUUUCACCAAAGAGAAAGCUGAAUGCUGAUGCUGAUGCUGAUGCUGAUGCUGAUGCUUAUACUCCCUCUCCACAAGUUGGCGACUCAACUAACUCAGGAAGGUCAAAACGAUUUGUUAGUGCCUCGUCUACACUGGCGAUCAACAAACAACCAGUCUCUGACCUUUCAAAUUUUGAGAUUAAACUAAAUGAUGGACCUAGUAGAUCAGUUGUAGGCGAUGGUUUAGUGGAGGAUCAGAAAGAGUUUAUUAGGUUUAGCCAAGUUGGCAGGCGAAAGGAUUUUGUUCAUUAUGAGAACGUUAAUGAAAAGCAAAUAAAUGUGCUUAAAGGGCUUGAGCUUCACACUAACGUUUUCAAUCCCAAUGAGCAAAAGGAGGUAGUCGAACUUGUUUACUCUCUUCAGAGAAUGGGACAAAAGCGACAACUUAGAGCACGAACAUAUUCUGAACCAAGAAAGUGGAUGCGAGGAAAGGGCCGUGUCACCAUACAAUUUGGUUGUUGUUAUAAUUAUGCUGUGGACAAAAAUGGUAAUCCGCCGGGCAUUGUUAGAGAUGAAGAAGUGGAUCCACUGCCUCCUUUAUUCAAGAAAAUGAUUAAGAGAAUGGUUAGAUGGCAUGUUUUGCCAACGUCGUGUGUGCCUGAUAGUUGCAUCGUAAAUAUUUAUGACGAGGGUGAUUGCAUUCCUCCUCAUAUUGACCAUCACGACUUUGUUCGACCUUUCUGCACAGUAUCUUUCUUGGCAGAAUGUAAGAUACUCUUUGGCACAACCUUAAAGAUUAUUAAUCCUGGAGAGUUCUCUGGUCCUUUCUCCUUACCUCUUCCUCUCGGGUCAGUGCUCAUUUUCAAUGGUAAUGGAGCUGAUGUUGCUAAACAUUGUGUGCCUAGUGUUCCAGCUAAAAGAAUUUCCAUUACUUUCCGUAAGAUGGAUGUCAGCAAAUUACCAUAUCGGUAUACUCCUGAUCCAGAGCUUGUAGGAAUCCAGCGUCUUGUUCCUCCUCCAUCAUCAGACAGCUCAAGAAAUCGUCACCAUGCUAAAAAUGACAAGUUUCCGAAAAGUGAAGAAAAUAAGGUGUUUUCCAAUGAAGAUGAGUUCCCUCCUCUAGGAAAGUCGACUUCUUCUAGCCGUAGAAGUCGCAGAUAAUUUGUGUAACUUAUGGUUAAAUUAAGUUGUGCGAUUGAUUUUUGGGUAUUUUGACCAAGAUCAAUCGAGACAAAUAAAUACAAUAAUUUUCAAACGGCGUAAUACAUAAAUGUGUCUUUUAACUUGACUUCGUUUCACAUUUAUGUUCUUCAACUUUGGUUGUGCACAAAUAGACACUUAAACUUGUGCACAUUUAAAGUUGGAGAGCAUAAAUGUGAGCUGAGGCCAAGUUUAAGGCCAUAUCUAUGUAUCAUGCCUUUUCGAAAUCAACAUAAAAGCUUAGGCUGAAAUUGUAAUUUAAGCAUAUGUAUUUUUUAUGAGUAAUACAUAGUAUUUGAUUUAAAAGCUCCUCAAUCAACGGAUGCUUUAAAGAUGUUUACAGACCUAUGUAUCAUUGAUUGGCUUACUAGCUUUAAAGAUAUUUC